GAGAGGGAGAUUCUGGGAGAGAGAGAGAGGGAAGAAGGCGAUAGAUUGAAAGCAUUCCCGACCGCAUUAAAGGAAGCGAUUCCUUUGCUAGUGUCCUACCGCGAAGACCAAGAUCAACAAGGAUCAGAAUGAAGUUUAUUAUUGGAAUUGGGGGUGUGACCAAUGGAGGCAAGACAACUUUGACGGGAAGACUCAUAAAGAACUUACCGAACUGUUGUGUGGUGCAUCAAGAUGAUUUUUUCAAGCCCCAAGAUCAAAUAGAGUUCGGGGAGGACGGCUUUAGACAAUGGGAUGUGAUGUCGGCGCUGGACAUGGAUGCGAUGGUGAGCACUGUUAAGGGAUGGAUGGAGAACCCGGUGAAGUUCGCUCGCUCUCAUGGCGUGAGCGUUUCCGGCACGAACGACUCGGACCCGGAGCGCGAGAUCCACAUACUCAUCAUAGAGGGAUUUCUUCUCUAUAACUACAAGCCUUUGCUCGACGUCUACAACAAGAGCUACUACGUCACCAUUCCAUACGAGGAGUGCAAAAGGAGAAGGAGUACAAGAAGUUACACCGUUCCUGACCCUCCUGGUCUGUUUGAUGGCCAUGUGUGGCCUAUGUACUUGAAACACAGGAUAGAGAUGGAGAACAACAGCAUAGAUAUCCAAUAUCUGGAUGGAAUGAGAUCUAAAGAGGAGCUGUAUAACCAGGUUUAUGAAGACAUCCAGAACUCGCUGCUGAAUGCCUUAUAGCAUCUACAGAAUGAAGAUGUGUGUGUAUAGAACUGUAAAUAGCAUCGUACUGUAUGAAGAUAUGGCUUCUGCCACUAGAUGACUUUUGUAAAUAACAUAAUGAAGUACUAACUUGUUUGGCGAGAGCCGGUUAUUUUAUAUUGCUGUAUUUAUGGAACUUGUUUUAUUAAAAAUAUGUGUUGCUCUCUGGGUUGUCCAGAGAUGAACGGUGUA